AUGCAAUGCAUAGCGAGAGUUCCACUUUCAAGCCAAGGUUCCAUGACUUUAAUAUCCAAGAACAUCAAAGCCUUCAUCAAUGGCGGAGAAAUCUUCCACGUUAGAUCCCGUCUUAACGUUAAAGAGACCUCAAUACUAGUUGGAAUGAAAUCUGAUGAAAACAACUCAGUGAAUUGGUACGUCUUGAUGAAAAAGUUUUGUAACGACGAAUACCUCCUUCGACGGGUUCCGUUUCCACCCAUCAGCGGUAAAGAUGCUUUGAUUGCGGCUGGUAAUAGAGUUUUAGUACUUGGUGAUUCUGGAUUUUUCUAUGUGGAAGGUGGAUCAUACAAGAAGAAGGUUUUGUCCAAGACUAAAGCCAUACAUUAUGAUCCCAUAACGGCAGUGAUAGAUGACAAAGUUUACGUGUUUGGCGGAUGUUCAAGUGAGGAUGCUCUGAAUUACGUCGAGUUUCUCUACCUCAGCACAAACGAAUGGGAAACUAUCCCCAUACCUGAGCAAGACAGAGAGCUGAUAUCACCUAACUCAGCUACAGUUGUCUGGAAUGGGCUUAUUCACUUCCUCGGCGGAACCAAAUGCGUGAUUUUUGAUCCAGAAACAGGGAAAUUGGAGAGGAAAGAUCAGACGUCCAUGAGUGAAAGGAUGUAUCUCACCUCCUGUGUCAUAAUCAACACCAUUUUCACUGUUGGAUGGAAUUCCAAGAUUGAAUAUUUUGAUCCAGAAUCCAGAGCUUGGAGAGUUGUGAGAGGAAUUGAAUCUUUACCUGAGUUUGACGUGUUCUCCACUGCAUUGUUUAACUUCAAUGGGAAGCUCAUGGUUUUGCACAAGAAGAGGCCAGAGGAGAUCUGGUUCACAUUGAUCAUAUUAGAUAAGCAAGGGCUAGAUAUGUGGGGAUGGGUUGAAUCUUGCAACUGUGGUCUGAUUCUCCAUAAACCUGCAGAGAUUCUGCAAUUGGUAAGCCUUGAGAUAUGA